AUGCCCUUUGAAUUUAGUGAAGCCAAUAUGACUCGCUUGAGGGCAGUGAUCCAGAACUACCCUAAGGGAGCGCAGAGAUCGGCGCUCGGCGCCGCCCUGGACAUUGUUCAACGGCAAAUCGGUUGGAUCCCAAUAUCAGCGAUGCAUAAAGUGGCCAAAAUACUGUCAAUCCCCAGAAUGAGGGUUUAUGAAUAUGCCACUUUCUACACAAUGUGUAAGAGGCGAUACAGAGGCAAAUUUAAUAUUAAAGUCUGUGUUACAACACCCUGCAUGAUUCGCGGAUCCGAUUUAAUAUUGCAAGCAGCAGAAGAUGCGACAGGGUGUGCUGAAGGAGGCCUGUCAAAGGAUAAACUUUUCGGAGUAGAUAUCGUCCAAUGCCAAGGAGCAUGUGCGAAUGCUCCAGUAAUGGUCGUCAACGACGAUUACUUUGAAGAUCUCACCGUAUGCGACGUCUAUAAUAUAGUAGAAACCUUAAAGUGCGGAGGAAUACCGCCAGCUGGACCUCAGAGUGGCAGGUACGCAGCAGAGCCAGCUUGUGGACAGACCACUCUAUGCGAACCCCCACAAGGUCCUGGGUUCGGCGUACAAGGUGCAUUGUUAAAG